AUGCCCGACUCUAAAUAUACAAUGCAAGGUUAUAACCUUGUUAAACUAUUGAAAAGGUUAGAAGAAGCCACCGCUAGAUUGGAGGAUGUUACCAUUUACCAAGAAGGUUACAUUCAAAGCAAAUUAGACGCUUCCAAGACGAACGUAUCUAGCAACUCGGGUACUUCCACCAGCAGAGCACCUACAAAGGGUUCUUCUUUAGAGAACGUUCCAGAAGUCCAAGAAGAUCCGAAAUGCGUUACUGCCUUCCAGACUUAUAUUAAUGAAAACAUUGAUAGGUUGGUAGAGCUAUCAGGGAAGAUCGAUGCAGUGGUCUUAGAUGCUUUGCAUUUGCUAAAAGGAGGAUUUCAAUCCCAGUUGAUUUUCUUGAGAGCUGCUGUAAAGUCUAAGAAACCGGAUUAUUCCUCUCAAACAUUUGCUGAUUCUUUGAGACCCAUCAACGAAAACAUCAUAAAACUGGGUCAAUUGAAGGAAUCGAACCGUCAAAGUAAGUACUUUGCAUAUUUGAGUGCUUUAUCUGAAGGUGCUCCUUUAUUCUCUUGGGUCGCAGUGGACACCCCGGUAUCCAUGGUCACAGAUUUCAAAGAUGCAGCACAGUUCUGGACCAAUAGAAUUUUGAAGGAUUUCAGAGAAUCCGAUCCCAUCGCCGUUGAAUGGGUCAAGACUUUCUUGACCGCUUUUGAUAAUUUGAAAACUUACAUCAAAGAGUAUCAUACUACUGGUGUGUCUUGGAAGAACGACGGUAUGGAGUUUGCCGAUGCUAUGGCUCAAUCGGCAAAUACAACACCAGUUCCAUCAGCGCCAGCUUCAACUAAUUCACAAACAGGCAGUUCAGCAGCCGCACCACCACCUCCUCCUCCACCGGCACCACCAGCUUCUGUGUUCGAAAUUUCUAACGAUGCUCCCUCGAGUAGCAAUAAUUCUGGUAACGUCGGUAUUGGUGCUGUUUUUGCUGAAUUAAACCAAGGUGAAGACAUCACUAAAGGUUUGAAAAAAGUAGAUAAAUCUCAACAAACUCACAAGAACCCUGAACUGCGUCACUCUUCCACUGUUUCCUCCGCGGAAGGUAAAACUGGUCCACCACCAAGACCAAAGAAGCCAUCGACAUUAAAAACUAAGAAACCUCCAAGAAGGGAAUUAGUGGGUAACAAGUGGUUUAUCGAGAACUACGAAAACGACACCGAGUCUCUAGUUAUUGAGGCUAACAGAGAUGAGUCUAUCUUCAUAGGUAAAUGUUCUCAAGUACUUGUUCAAAUCAAAGGUAAGGUCAACGCUAUCUCAUUGAGCGAAACUGAAUCAUGCAGCGUGGUUCUUGAUUCCAGUAUUUCUGGAAUGGAUAUCAUUAAAUCAAAUAAGUUUGGUAUUCAAGUUAACCAUUCGGUACCUCAAAUUUCUAUCGAUAAAUCGGAUGGCGGUAACAUCUAUUUAUCUAAGGAAUCUUUGAACACCGAAAUAUACACUUCUUGUUCAACUGCCAUCAAUGUUAACUUACCAAUCGGAGAAGACGAUGAUUAUGUGGAAUUUCCAAUCCCUGAACAAAUGAAGCAUAACUUCGCCGAUGGCAAAUUCAAAUCUGCCGUUUUUGAACAUGCUGGUUAA